AUGUAUUGGAAUAUCGGAGUAAUUUCGAUAUUUCUUUGUACUAUAAUAAUUGUUUUUGGACGUCGAGAAUUAUUUGACAAAAAAUGCAAACGAAAUUGUAAUACUGCCGAUGGUACACUUGAAUGUUGGAAAACAACAACAGAUGGUUUUGCUUAUGGUUUAUCUACAGCUAUGAUUGAUUUUUGUCAAGUAAUACUUGAAGUUCGUCAUUUGAAAAAUGAAUCAGAAGAUUGGUAUAAUUUUACUCGUAAUAAACUCGCACAGCAAAUUGAAAAAUACGAGCUUGAUGAAGAAGUUCAACAAUUAACAAAAGAAAAUAUCGAACAUAUUGCAAUGUCUCUAUUAGAUAAUUGUUUUUAUGCUUCAUCAUCUAUUAUUUCCUUGGAACCAUCAUGUCCAUCAUGUUCAGAAGCACAAACAAAACUAAUGAAAGGGUGGGGUCUUUCAUCAAUAAUUAUUAUCUCAAUUGCUUUAUUACUUGUUUUUAUUAUUUUACUUUUAUAUGCUUUCUAUGUUUAUCAUACUCAUCGUUCAUAUAUAUCAAUUUAA